CAUACUUAUAUCUGAGUCUUUACUUGACUAACUUCACCUUCUCCAGCAUAUCAGUAUGGCUACCGAUGUAGUAUUGGAGACCACCAUGGGUGCAAUCACCGUCGAGCUCUACAAUGACCACGCUCCCAAAACGUGCAAAAAUUUCUCCACGCUUGCAGAGAGAGGCUACUACAACAAUGGAAUUUUCCAUCGUAUUAUUCCGAACUUCAUGAUCCAGGGCGGCGACCCCACAGGCACAGGACGUGGUGGUUCAAGCAUCUAUGGAGAGAAAUUCGCCGAUGAGAUCAGUCCUUCGCUGAAACACACGGGCGCAGGUAUUCUGAGUAUGGCGAAUAGCGGGAAAGAUACAAAUGGAAGCCAAUUCUUCAUUACCUUAGCUCCGACCCCGUGGCUAGACGGUAAACACACAAUCUUCGGCCGUGUCAAGAGUGGGAUGAAGGUGGUGCAAAGAAUGGGGUUGGUUAAGACGAAUGGCGAGGACAGACCUCUGGAGGAGGUCAAGAUCAUCCGGGCAAAGGUUGCGGAUUCCUCGAACGGUGACUAGAAAGGCAUACUCAACACGACACAAAUUUUAUUUCAGCAGCCUACCCGGGUCAGCCAGUAUCACCCUCGAACCGAUCCUCUGUGCAGCUCAGCACAGAAAGGCGCAUCUCGUUGCGGUGAGCUGAAGCUGCCGCGCACCCCCGUGCUCAUGAUCAGCUCUUUCUCGAUCUGGCUUGAUAUUCAUGCCGACAACUGUGGUCUGGCCGACGACCAAUGGGAAGCGGCCGCAAAGAAGAAUGAGACCGCAAACUCUGUGAAUGUUUUUACAAUACUGUUGUGGCAGAGGUGAAUCUGCAGGGAGAAGUCAUGACCUCAAGGCCUUCCAAAGCGUAGGCGAGUUAGCGAGUCAGCAAGUCGGCGAUGCGUGAUAGACUUUGAUGCGCUGAAAGUCCAGGACGAACAUUCCAGGCGGUCGAAUUUGCAGCGACACUGUGCAGGAGUCAGGCUUACAAAGGCAGCUGGAGUCAGCCGCGGCUGUGAUAUCACGGUUUGUGCGGUACAGUAAUGCAGCCUCCAGGACUUUGCGAUAGCGAGUUGGGCUAGAAGAAUCUUUGCAGAAAGAAUAGUUAGCAUCGCUCCACGCGCCGUUACAUUCCUAUCUGUACGUAGAUACCUACUAUGUUUGGGUAGUAUCUAUAUAACGAGACAAGCUUACGAGAACAUAUGAUGGAGCGUGCGAACUUCAAC